AUGGCUUCUCCGUCGAGAGGUCGGCUAUUACAGCUGAUGCAGCUUCAAUGCUCAAUCUUCUCUACUACCUUCAACCCGAUGCAGCAAAGAUUAGGCAACAAAGUCCUCCGGCAGAGAUUAAAAGGCCCAGCGUUAGCCUCGUACUACCCCAGGCGAUCGGCCACCGUGGAAGACGUUCUGGACGAAUUCAAAAAGUUUGACCUAGAAGGCUUCAACGAAGAGGAGGACGACAGGUUGGAAAAUGUGGCCUUUGCUAAGUUACGAGGGAAGGGUGCGCCCAAAAAGAAGAGGUCGGCAGCAGAGGGACGCGCCAACAAAAAGAGGAAAUAA